AUGGCUAGAGUUACACGUUCUACUAAGAUAAAGGGAAAAGUUUCUGCCAAAAGAAUCACCAGAACUCCAUCCAAGAGUCCAUCUCCUCCACCAUCAACUCAGCCCCCUGCAAGGAAAAAGGCACCUACUGGUACUAGGGGAUCUAAAAAAAUGUCAAAAGAAGAUGAAAACCUCUUUAAGACUCUUUUGGACAAAAAAAAAGCAGCUGAAGCAACCGAUAAAGAGGCAGCCAGAAACAGUGAUAUGUCUGACAACCAUCCUCAGCCUAUCAAGUCUCAUUCAAACACUGAAAAAGACGAUGAAGCCCUUCUUGACCAAGAUAGCAAUCAUGGUGGAGCUAACUCUCAGUCUUUGGAUGAUAACAUUGCUAAGCUAAGUUCUAUUACUUGCUCAACUUUGAAAUAUAUCGCUAGUCUUGGUCAUAAAGCUAUGAGGACAUACACUGUUGCUCAAAAUGGCUUUCCAAACCCUCUUGACUAUCAAUUAAUCUGCUGGGACUUAUUUAAAGCUAUCAGUGAAGACAAAGCUGCUGCCUUCUCGGCCGACAAAAUGAAGAUUUUACAGGAUGAUCAAGACUUGAAAGCUCAAGUAUUGGAAUAUUUCCAUAAUAGGGAGGAGCUGGGAGAUCUUAUUCUAUGGAUGAUCAACUCUGGUGUGUUGAUCAAUGCAAGUAUAAACUUCAAGGAUGAAACAUCUGAUGUUACGCAACCAUGGAAAAACAACAUCUUUAAAACACUCUUUCAAAGUCAGUGGUGGGAACCUAAAGGUGAAGGAAGGAAAUAUGGUAAGAAAGGCAACCCAUAUCUCCAUAACGCCCCUGCACUUUCCCUGGUAGCAUGCUCUGUUGAAUGUGCUUUAGUUGGCACUAUCAACAAUAGGAUGGUAGAAUUCUCUGAGAAUUUAUUUGCUCCAAGUUAUAAUGUUCCUUACAAAGUUUGUUGA